CUACUUGAACCAUGGCGGACGCCAUCAGGUGCGCGUGUGAAUCGUUUAACUCCGUGGUGGAGUAUUUGGUAACCUUAAGAAUUUGCGAAGUCCGGCACUUACUCGAGUUCCUCGGAGUGGCACACGCAGAGGUCCUCGUAGGUGUCGUUCUCUUCGUCCUGAUGCAGUUUACCAAGUUCACGGUCGUUCUGCUGUUGGCUGUUUUCCUGGCCUACGGGAUAUUCUACCUGUGGGAGACCUUCUUUCCGGAAAUCAGUCAGUUAGGUCGCAGGAGCAUGAAGAUGUUUCGAAAUGUACGCACCUCCGCCAACUUGCCGCCUUUUGCCUCAGAUACUGAAGAAACUCCUGGAGAGUACACACUCAGCUCAAAAGUACAACAGUACACCAGUGGCAUUAUGACCCCUCCGAAUACUAUGAAUAUGCCUAUGCUUCUCCCUCUUUUGGAAACGAAUAAUAGAGUAAUGAGGACAACCAGCAUGCAGACAGGUCGCCAUCGAAGGGAGGAGGAAAACAGGAGGGGAUCUCGCGGCCAUCAGUCAUUUCAUCGGGAAACACAAGAAGCAGGAAAGCAUCGUCAGGAACGUCCUUAUUGGAGAGCUGUGAGCCCCGAACCCGAAAGGGAGCACCGUUCCUCCAGAAGAACUUCCCGCGGAGGCGGUGGAAGUGGUGAGUCGAAGAAGAUGACGAAUGUCCCGCGAGUCCCGAAUGCGACUAGUGGAGUGGUGGACACUCGAACGCUUACAAGCGUGACCAGUGACCAACUUAAGCGGCUGCACAAUAUCACAAGUGGGGAGUCAAGAAGAGCAUCCAAAGGAGCAAGUGGUGCCAACGAGUCCAAAAAGUUGCACAACAUAACCAGUGGAGAAAUCCAUCAGUCCCGACGGAUGCAACCAAUUACGAGCAACACCAACGAAUCGCGUAGAUUACAAAAUGUGACCAGUGGUGAAAUCAAGGACUCCCGGAGACUUCAAAACAUAACCAGCAACACAAACGAACCGCGAAGACUGCGUAAUAUAACCAGUAGUGAGAUGAAAGAAUCCAGGAGGAGCUCACAUCCACAUGGGGGUGGUGAAUCCCGACGUAAUUCUAAUUCCCAAAGAGAUGGAGGAGGUGGGGAGUCCAGGAACCGUCGUAUUGCGGAAAAAUCUAAUCCACUUCAAGGUCGUCGACCGGAGGAGCAUUCGAGGCACCGGCGUAGCAAUAAUGGCCAUUCCGGAGUUACCAGGCGUCAGUUUCCGGAAGAUCACUACGAUCGGCUGAGGAACGAAAAUCGAGAGUACCAGGCCCGGCGGCUGCAAGCUAGUGGGGCCGCAGGAUUCCAUCAUAGUAUAAGUAAUCCCACCUCCGAAGGCGCUUCGCUGACCAAACAAGAUAACUUUAUUGCCGGUCAUCGACAAAGUGACAGGCGUGAAUCCCAAAGGAACCCCAAGUCAAACAAUCCAGGCAAGGAUGCCGGUCAUCGGCACGGACCACGUCGCAUGGUGAAUCCAAUUCUUUAAAAUGGAUAGAAACAGUAUUCGGAAAAAAUCCACCUUUCAAAGUGGGGCUGACAAGUAUGCUUGUUAUCCCAUUUUAAGGGGUCUCAACAAUAAUUGUUUUCUCCAAAGCCCAAGCUCUGAAACGAGAACAACUAUCCAAUUCAACGAAUAUCCCAAGACGGUCGAUAGCAACGACGACACAGAUGAGAGGCCAAGUAAAGUUUCAGUCCAAGUGGUUGUAAUAGAUCCGAAAAUGCCCAUAGGUAAGGAUAAGGAAAUAAAUAAGGGGCAGAGCAGUGAACAAGUAAAUAACCCAAAGGAGUAUCCUUUUGUCGUGGAGAUACCCGAGCAAAGCGAAAAUCCGAAAAAGAAAAAGGGAAGCUUUGGCGCCAAACCAAAAGACAAAUUAGGCGAGCAGAAAAAAAAAGAAAAAGACUGAAGCUCAUUAUGAAUUUUUAUCUAAAUUACAUGUUUUUUCAAAGAAAUAAAAGGCAAUAGUUAUUUUAUGAAUUAA